AUGGACUUGCAAGGCGGGCCGACGUUUGAGGACCUGUCCAUUGACGAUGAGCUCACGCAACUGCAGAGGCUGGUAAGGUACAGCAGCAGCUCCAUCGCGCUGCAGCGGCUUGUUCACGUCAAGAUGCUAGCGGAGACCGUUACAGCGGUCGGUUUCGAACAAACGGUCAAGUCGGUGGUGCCUUUGCUGGGGCCACUCGCCGAGGACCAAGAGCUUGUCGUCCGGCAACACCUGGGCGAGCAGCUGGAGGAGAUCGCCAGGUUUUGCAGGCUGCAGGGCAAGGAGGCUGGCUACAGGCUCAUCAUCGAGAUCGUGCUGCCGACGUUGGCGAAGCUGCUGGGGGACGCUCAGGCGGAGGUGCGGCAGGCGGCGGGGGAGAGCCUGGUAGGAGUCGCCAACCUCAUGAAGCCGAUCGACCUGGGGCAUCACGUCCUCACGAUCGUUCUGCAGCUGGCGCACGAUGACGAACAGGAGGAGUUGCGCAUGACGGCGGCGGCGUUGUUGAACGAUCUGGCUGAUGCUCUCGGUUACGACCUUUGCAAGCAGUUCGUCACCCCUGAGAUGGAAUCUCUCUCAGAGGACCCGGUGUUCCGAGUGCGAAAAGCGACGGCGUUAAAUCUCGACAAGAUCUGCAAGGUAGUGGGAGAAGCGGGGAUCGCAAGGCUCUUGCCCGCGUACCUUCGACUAACCAAGGACGAUGUUUAUCGGGUACGGAAAGCUUGCACGGAGGCGAUGGUGGAGAUGAGCAAGGCUGUAGGGUCGGAGGUGAGUUUGCGGGAGUUAACGCCGGUAUUUCUUAGCCUGGCCUCGGACUCUUCCAAGCUUGUCCGAACGGGGGCAUUGCAGCACCUCGGCAGGCUUAUCUCCACGCUGCCGGGCGAGUCAGUGAGCGAAGACCUCGUGCGGUACUUCACGGGGACCGCGGUGGAGAGCAUGGGAGACCCGGUGGCGGAUGCGGAGUUGCGAUUGUAUUGCGCCUUUUCCUUUCCAGCGGUGGUUGUCACCAUUGGCCCUGACCGAUGGCACGAGCUUCGCGAGUCGUUCGCCGCUCUAAUCCGAGACCCUAGCUGGUCCGUCCGCAAGACCCUCAGCUUCAGCCUGCAUGAGAUCGCAAAGGUUUUGAAGGCGGAUGAUGUGGAGGGCGAUCUCGUGCCUGCAAUGGAGGCGUUCUUGAGGGACAUGGAAGACGUUCGACUGGGCGUGAUUCGGCACCUCGCCGAUUUCUUCCAGGAGAUGACUCCGCAGCAGAGGGAGAAGCACCUCAACGUGUUGGUUGAGAUCCUCCAGACGACGUCGCCCUUCAACUGGCGGUUGCGGGAGGUGCUGGCCCAGCAGCUGCCUCGCCUUGCGCCGUUGCUUACCCCAGACAGCGUUUUCUUCGCCGUGGUGCCUGUGGCGUUUGGGCUUCUCAACGACCCCGUGGCGGUGGUCCGAGAGAAGACCUUUGAGGUGGUUGCUCCCCUGCUGCAGCUGGCGGGGGCCCACUCGGGAGCCCGGCAGGCCUCCAUGGUGUCACGAGUCAGGGAGCUGGCUCACGCCCACACCUACCAGGCCCGGCAGAUGUACGUGUAUAUCUGCCACAGCAUGGCGUGCAGCGCCAAUGUAAACCACGAGCGGCCCCUCUUCAUUCAGGAGUUCGUGCCUUCCUUGGCUGAGCUGGCGAUGGACAGCGUCGUGAACGUGCGGAUCGCCAUGUCCCGGACACUGUCCAAGUGCCCAGCAGCACCCGGGUCAAGACACGUCUUCCGUUCUCAGCGACGAGUCCGUCUUGACCCAGUGGAGCGUGAGCACGCAGCGCAGCAUGCUGAGCGUUGGCGACUUUCCGCCCGUGAGGGAUGGCAGCUCACCCAACAGCACGAAAUCAAUCAACAGGCUCGGGGGACGACAGCGGUCAUCCUCGGUUGA